UUUGUAAGUUAGGUAAUAGUUAAUGCAAAGUACUGUAGUGUAGUGGUGUACACGAUAUGAUUAUUAAUUAGUCGAUUACUCAUUACUGGUAAUAUUAUUAAUACUAGUACUGCUAAACACAAGGCAGCUACUGAACUAGUUCAUUGUGUGGCAUUAUUCUCGUGACUUUCAAUGUUUCAUUUUCAAAGGAGGUUGAUUCACUUUUAGGUUCUGAAAACUGAGAUGAUUGACUUAUGGGAUGAGUUGCCAUUAUAGUAGUGGAGACCAGUACAUAACAGGAGUAGAAGAGGGGUAUUGAUGAUAUCCUGAAAAAUAUAAGAGAAGAUGUGGUCAUUGGUUCAUGCUAAUCGAGGAGACUGUGGUAAUGUACCAUGUGUUCGAUCAAAGCAUGCUGUAUGUUUGACCAAAGAAGGACUGAUCUAUCUAUUAGGGGGACGUUCAGGAAAUUUACCAAUGAAAGAUCUUUGGAAAUAUGACCCUGUUCAAAACCAAUGGGAAAAAAUUCAUUGUUAUGGCUGCUCUCCUCCUCCUCUUCAAGAGCACACAGUAGUCUCAUGGAAGGAUAAACUCUAUGUAUUUGGAGGGGAAGUAGGAUUUGCAUCUAGGGGAGAGACACCUUUGUGGGUUUUAGAUACAGAAACAAACUUAUGGGAAAAGAAACACUCAAAAACAGCAGCUUUUGGCCAGCCAUCAGGACGGCGUGGACAUACUUCUUUGAAGUACAACUGUAUGAUGUAUAUCUAUGGUGGCUACCAAGAUUUAAAGGGAUCAUUAGAUGAUUUAUGGGCAUUUGAUUUUGACUUGGAAAGGUGGCAUCUUUAUGUAUUCCCAAGAUCGUUUGAACUGCCACCACCACGCCAUAAUCAUACCAGUAUCCUUCAUGAUGCAGCAAUGUGGGUAUAUGGAGGAAUGACAGAUUUGCAGGAAAGAGGAGACUUUUGGAAACUUGAUUUUCCAUCACUAAAGUGGUCAAGACUACGAACAAAUAAAGGACCAGGAGUCCUACAUAACCACUCAGCUGUAAAAUCCUUGGGGCACAUGUAUGUCUUCGGAGGAGAACGAGGUGUAACUGUGUUAAAUGACCUGUGGAGGUAUCACUUUGCCACUCAGGUUUGGGAAAGAGUCAUCACAGAAGGAGUAGUACCAAGUCCAGUCAUACAUCAUGUUGCUGUUGCUAAUCCAGCCCAAUUUACAUGGGAGGAGAAAUUCCAAACACUGGAUUACUCAAGAACCAUGACAGAGAGGAAACAAUACAGGUUUACUGACAGUCCGUCCACAAACGAGAAUAAGCCAUGUACCCAGAAUCUUUUAGAAUCAGUUCAUGACAAUCAUUUAACUUCUCCAGAAAACAAAAAGUCACGCCACUAUUUAAAAGUUUGUGUUCGUCCUUUUUCUCGACUUUGUUCUAAAUCUCCAAAUUCUGAGGAGAGUGAAAAGAAUAAACAGUAUGUUGCAGUUGCAUACAAUGUAUCUACAAACCAAGUGCAGUUGAGAUCUUUAAGAGAUGAGAAUAAGAGUGGUAAUUUGCUAAGAAAUUCACAUAACAGUAGUUACAAUAUUCUGCAUAGUUCUGAUGAAACUCUUGAAGAAGAACAGUUGGUCUGCCUCAUGGAGAAAACCUCUUCACUUCAAGAAAGUCCUUGUUUUACUUCCAGCAUUUUCACCCAGAAGUCCAUUAGUUCUGAGGGAAUCUUGGAGCCAGAUAGUAAAACAUCAUCUUUUCAAUACAAGUCUUUGUCACAGGAUGAUGUCCUAAUGCCUCUUAAUUCAGAAGUAUUGGAAAGAGAGGAGUCUAUUGGAAUCCCUGAUCUAGGCCAUGUUGAACGGCAGCUUAAGAUGUCUCAAUCUCUUUAUCGUCUUUGUUGGACCAGUAAUGAGAAAGUCACCAGUGAGGACUUGCUUCAAUUUUCAAACAGUGACAUCAAAACAUUUCCACCAAUGGAAGAUUGCUCUAAGAAUUUGUCUGAUAAAGGUGAGUUUACAGAUGUUUUCAGUAUUGAUUCACAUUCCCCUAUAUCUGUUCCUAAUGAAAAUGCAUCUACAUCUCUACUGAAUCUGAGUGACAGGAAAACUGAUAAAUGUGCCAAAGAUAUGAAACAAGAUGGCUGGAACAACCAAAGAAAACUUUCCACUGGAGCAUUGCUAAUUAACUUGGAAGCUACAAACCUUCAUGAUUCUGAAAAAAUAGAAAUUACUGAACAGAUAUCUGCUGCUUCUCCUCUGUUAGAUGAACAUUCCCAAAUUUAUAGUCCAGUUAGUGACAGCUUUGGAAUUUCUUUUUCAGCCUCUAGAAGCUCAGGAUAUCAGUCAGUUACUGAAUAUGAGUUGAACUACAUUAAAGACCUUCAUCAAAACUUUGCAGAUAUUUUAAAUCCAGUGAAUCUUAAUCAACUAUUAAACCAUAAGAAUGAAAUUCCUGUUGAAAUGAAAGAUCUUAAUCCAACUGAAGUAGACAGUUUGACCAAAGUCCACAGUCAUAAUUCUCUAAAAAACAUCAAUAUGAAACAAGUAGAAAACAUUUUAGAAAGUCCACAGAAAAGUAGUUACAGGAAUACCAGGCAAACAGCAACAGUAAUACCGUCUGUUGUUCAAAGAGAAACUUUGUCUGAUGGUGUAGUGAGACAAAGGAAAAAUGGGAAAGUUUCCAGACCAAACCCCCCUAGAAGUCCAUUCAAGAUAAAAAGAGAACAACAUGAAUGGGAGCUUUGUAUGUAUGUGAUUGGUGGUCAAGAACAAGGAAUAUCGAGCCUUUGUAGACAGCCUAUUGCAGUUUGGAAACUUUACAUUUAAAGUUUUAUGCAAUGAAAUGAAUUUAUUACAGCACUUUCAUUUUGACAAAAUAAAUUGUCAGUUUAUUUAAAUCAAAUUAAUUUAUGAAAAUAAGAAA